CUUUACAUUUCAAAUUUCAAAUUUGAAUGUGUACUGUAGCACUAAUCAAACGGCUACAUAAAAUGAAUAUACUCCUACUAAUAAAAUAAUGCAACUAAAUAAACAGGGUCACAAUAAUUGUCACAAAGUUUGGAUCUUGUCAAGUUUUUUAACGUUGGAGUGAAAAAGAAAAACAGCAACAACAUGGGAGACUCAGCUUGUCUCAUGCAACCGUUUUGUUAUGCUUCUGGAAUUUCCAAUGAAGUCAAUGAGAACAACACAAAUCAUGCACUGGGACAAUCAAUUUCAUUUGGGAGGUUCAUGACAGAGACACUGGCAUGGGAGAAAUGGUCUAGUUUCACUCAAAACCGCUAUGUAGAAGAAGCGGAAAUGUACUCGAAACCAGGUUCAGUUGCCCAGAAGAAAGCUUUCUUUGAAGCUCAUUACAAGAAACUUGCAGCUCAAAAAGCAGCUGCUGCAUUGCUUGCGCAAGAAGCAAACAAUGCUGCUGCGCAAAAUAAUGUUACAGAAAAACAAGAAAAUGAUGAGGAGAUCAAUAAAAGUCCAAAGUAUGAAAUUGUUGUUAAGGAAAAACAAGACACAAAGGUUUUGAGUUUUGAUGUUAAGGAAGAACAAGAUACAAAGGUUCUGAGUCAUGAUUUAGAUCCAAAUGUAGAGAGACUCGUUUCAGAAAGUAACAAGUUAGAAGAAUCUGAAGCAAAAAUGCAAAAAGAAGCUGUUUUAAGGAAUUCAAUGAUGGUUGAAUUGCGAAAAAAGAUUGAAAAUGUUGAUACACUUAAGGAGAUAAGUGAAAAGCAUGGUGCAACAACUCCAAUCAUGACCCCGAUAUUAAAGCAUGUCUCUAACUAUGAUCAAGAAGUUUUGGCAUCAACCAGCAAGAAGAAACCACCAGUUUCUUCCUUUAAGUUGUUAAAAUCUAAUCAUGGAACCUCAAAGUUUACAACUACUACACCGGUUAAAUCCAGUACUCCUAUUACUCCUAUUUCUUCCAAAAUAGAUAACUUUGCUACUCCAACAAUGAGCAACGAGCCUUCUACAUUAAGCAACGCAGAUAAAAAGAGAUCAACUCCAAAGAAAGUUAAUUUUACGCCAAUUAGAGAAUUUAAUCGAUUGACUGCGUCAGUUAUGAGGAGAUUUGAAAGCACAAAAGUUGGUUCUUCUUCUUCUUCUUCUUCCAAGGUUUCAAAGGAUAGUUCGACUCCUCUGAGAACUCCAACCAUGGCUUCCAAGGAGAUGCAAAAGCAUUCUUCAUUGACUCCAUUAACAGAAAAUAGAAGGAACAAAACAGCUAUUGAUUCAUCGACAUCGCGCAACCAUACAUCCGGUCCGAAAUGGCGCUUGCUCUCUGGAGAAAAAAAAAUGAGAUCACCAAUUAUAUCAUCCCCUUUCAGCUUAAGGACAGAAGAAAGGGCUGCAUCAAGAAAGAAGAAACUUGAAGAAAAGUUCAAUGCUAAUGAAGUACAAAAAGUGCAGCUGCAUACAAAACUUAAGGCAAAAGCGGGGACUGAGAUUAGAAAACUGCGCCAAAGCUUUUGCUUCCAAGCCAGACCAUUACCUGAUUUUUAUAAGGAAAGGAAAGCAUCAAAUAUUGAGACAAGAAAGGUUCCACUAACACAUUCUGAACUACCUAAUGUGGGAAGAUAUCUCACUCCAAGUAUGGCAGAGUGCAAAACUUCUCCAACUCCAAACAAACCUUCUCUGAAAAACAAUGGCACCAAGAAUUUCAUGGGAAAGAGUGGUCAUCAUCAUACCUUGACUCAUCAUCAUCCUCUGACUUCAAACUCCAUGAAGAUUACAACUCAUGAGAAUACAUCACCAAAUGUUCAAUAUUGGAACAAAAAUGGUAGAAUUUACAAAUAAGGACCAUGUUGAGAGCAGAAAGAAUCUUGUAAAUGUAGCUUCACAGAAAUGAAGCUGUACCACAUUAACUAGGCACCAAAGUUGCUAUAGCAACACAUUGGCAGCCUCCUAACCCUUUUGUCUAUUUUUCUUUUCAUCAUUUCAGGGUACCUUUCAUUUUGCACCCUCUCAAUAUAUUCAAAUAGCCUCAUUUUGUAAUUUAAAAUGUCAAAAGUAUUACUUAUGUCAUUUGAAAUAUCUGAGAGUGUGUAAGAUAAUGGACUAUAACACAUGACCUUUCAUUUUUCCGG